AUACUGUAUAUUGUACUUGUCUUGCAGAACCAGCUUCCUCCUUGGCCCUGACUUCCCCCCGAAAAAGCUAAUUGGCUGUGACAAUGAGGAAGUGAAGAUAUUCUGCAACUGCUCUUAACUUCCUGUUGUUCUGGUCUCGUGAAAAGGUAAAAUGGGUCUCCUAACGUUCCUCAUUGUACCCCUUCUUAUCUUGGGAAUCAGCGGAAUCAUCUAUAUAUACAGGGAAGUUGUGAGAUUAAUGUCCAGAUCGGCACUUAAAAACAAAGUUGUUGUGAUCACUGACGCUGUUUCUGGAUUAGGGAAAGAAUGUUCCAGAGUAUUCCACUCUGCCGGAGCAAGACUGGUUCUCUGCGGUAAAACAUGGGAGAAAUUAGAAGCGCUGCAUGAUGCGUUAAUCAGUGUGGCAGAUCCUAGUGUGACAUUUACUCCCAAACUUGUUCUUCUGGAUAUCAGUGACAUAAACAACAUGGAGGCCAUGGGCAAGGAGAUCCAGGAUUGCUAUGGCUGCGUGGAUGUAUUAAUUAACAACGCCAGCAUGAAAAUGAAAGGGCCUCUGCAAAGUGUAUCGUUGGAGCUGGAUAAGAAGAUAAUGGAUGCCAAUUAUUUUGGUCCCAUUACUUUAGUUAAAGCCAUUCUUCCGCACAUGAUUUCAAGGCGAACGGGACAAAUAGUUCUGGUGAAUACCAUUCAAGGCAAAAUAGGAGUGCCAUUUCGGGCAGCGUAUGCCGCCUCCAAGCAUGCCAUUCAGGGUUUCUUUGAUUGCCUCCGGGCUGAAGUGGAAGAGUUUGAUGUCUCUGUGAGCACAGUUAGCCCUACAUUUAUCCGCUCCUAUCAUGUUCAGCCCCAACCAGGAAACUGGGAGGCCUCCAUCUGGAAAUUCUUUUUCAGGAAACUGUCCUAUGGAGUCCACCCUGUGGAAGUAGCAGAAGAGGUUCUAAGUACUGUAAGCAGGAAGAAACAAGAGGUGUUUAUGGCAAAUCCUAUCCCCAGAGCUGCUGUUUACAUCCGGACCUUUCUGCCUGAACUGUUUUUUGCUGUUGUUGCUACUGGGGUGAAAGAAAAGCACGUUGUGGAAGAAGAAAAAUAAAAUAAACAACAUCUUUCCGAA